UUUGGUGAGCUGUGGAUAAAUGAAGAAACAGCAAAAGUGUCGAUCAACCAUUUCAGAAGAGCACCAUUCGUUUGCUAGCGAACAUACACACAAACAAGCACAUCAAGCGACAUUUAGAAUGCAAUGCAUAGAGCCUGUUUACCUCAUCCAUUGUAUUUUCGUUUCCUAAGUGCUAUCAACGGUGUCAAAAACAACUACAUUUUUCUUCUUUAAUGGUCCUGCUAAAAGUUUUUUCGGCACAGCCGACUUUACACAAUCGGCUGUGUUCCUCGGGUGAAAAUUAUGACGUUUAACUAUGACGUAUAAUUAUAUCGUCGUCUCCUAACAUUGGAAGUUAAACUAUUCUUCUCGCACUCACUCACAUUGCAGUAGAGGAUUAUGUGCUCCUAGCCUUUCUUCUAUAUCAUCAACAAAAUGCCGCCAGCUGAAAUGCGCUGUGGGAUGUUUUGAUGUUUCCUGCUGUCCCGUUUCAUUCUGUGUUUUGUCGAUCGACCUUACGACGCCAAAGAUAAAAACGAUUGCAAAACAUGCUGAAUGUAGUCACUAUCUGAAAGAUUGAAAGUUGAGACAUGUCAAGUUCUUUGUUGAUUAGAAGUGAAUGUAAACAAGUGCAAAUAAAUUACGAAGAUGGUGGAAAACUCAAAUUCAUCCAGUGAUAAAGCAAAUGACAGCGCAACAAACCAAAUGCUAGGGAAAGGGAUAGUGUGUAAAACACGUGAGGAAUAUUUUGCAGCUUUAGAAAAAUGGCUCCAAGACGUAUAUGUGAUGCAGAGUUUCGCGGCGUCAUUUCCGUAUAUUUUAAUGUGUAAUCAGUUAAUGCCAAAUGCAGCCACGAAUAAUCUGACAUCAAGUGUUAAUACCGCCACUGGUAUACCAGGGGCAGGAGUGUUUCAGUUUAUUACUCCUCCCCCCUAUCUGCAAGGGCAGCAAGCGAAUGAAGGCGUCAGACACCGAUUUGGCCCAAAUGUACAGAGUCAACGAAGGGAACAGGCCAAUCUUCAAGAAGGAAUCGUGUACAAAAUACCUGCUGUGUGGAAGAGGAUUAUUGCUGAGCUCUUGGACUUUGUCAUACUAUUAUUUGUAAGAUUAGCUAUUACUUUUGUUGCUGUGGAUUUUGACAUUAUAGACCUUGAGAAGUACGACUUUGAUCUACUGAACAGAAAUGUUAAAAUGGACUACAAAGUUGCUGUUGAAAUGACAUCUGAAAUCUUACUGCUUGAAAUGAUACACAGACUUGUGGUCUGUCUUUUUGAGGCCUUUUGGAUAAGGAGAGGCAUAGGACCCCGUAUGGGAGGUGCAACUCCAGGAAAGGCUGUGCUAGGAAUUCGUGUGGUUUUGUGUGAAAGGGUAACAGAUGUUGAGGGCCGUCCUGAUAUUGUUUUGGUUACACCAGGCACUGAUCCAGGCAUGUUUUGGGCUGUUGCCAGGUCUUUAAUAAAAAAUUUGAUUUUAGCUGUCUUGUUCCCAGUGUGCUUUGUGCUCUUUCUUUUUAGGCACAACAGAACUGGAUAUGACAUAAUUUGCAGAACACUUGUUGUAGAAGAUGCUCCACCAGCUAGAAAUUAAAGAAUUCUGCCCAUGUAUACUUUAAUGGCCAUGUCCUCAUGUUCCUUAUUUCCUUCUCUGUGACUCCCUAUUAUUCCCAGUGACCCACUCCUUUUUCUCAUCCUACUGAUCUUUACCUUUUAGUAUUAUUUGCCAUCUUGCCUUAUUCUGCUCUGCAUUAAAACACACACACACACACAGCAACCAGACUUUCGGAGUGUAUAUACAUUGUAAAUUGAUAUUUAUAUUUUCUCAAUACAGAAAAUUACUUUAAUAUUAAAGAGUUGUAAGAUUUGAAAAUAUUAUUAAAAUAUUUUUGGUUCUCUGACA